AUGUUACCUGGUUCCCUGGCAUGGAAUAAGCAAUUAAUUGAAUUUAUAUGGUGCCCACCCACGGCUAAGUCAAUUCUGGCAUUACCUUUGCCUUUGGUACCUCAUCAGGAUGUGUUUUUUAGGCCCUUGACAGCUGAUGGGUAUUAUACAACAAAGACAAUAUAUAAAUUUUUGCAAAUGAAGGAGGAGAGUUCUACUGGUAUGGCUUCAAGCAUGCCUUCUUUGCCAUGUGCAGGUUGGAGGAAAAUUUGGAAAGCCCUAACUCUCCCUCGAUGUCGCGAAACUGGAUGGCGAGCUUGCUUAGGAGCUCUACCGGUCCGUGAAGUGCUUCAUGCACGAGGUUUGGAGUUGGAUCCAACCUGCCCUUGUUGCCAUGCAGCUCCUGAAUUUGUGCACCAUGCGCUUCUGUACUGUCCGAUAGUGAAAGCAACGUGGUUUGCGAGUAGCUUGGGUUUGCGGCUGCAGCAGGAGCGUAAAUUCCAUGAUUUUAUGCUUGAAUUUCUGCAGGUUGUUGAUGAUGACGUGAUGGGAAUUUCCCUUGAGAUCCUUUAUGCGGUGUGGAGCACGCAGAAUGAGUUACUGUUUCAAGACGUACAUACAACGGUGGACCAGAUGCUGCGAAAGGCUAAUUUUCUCCAUCCGGGACCGGCAAUGGUGGCUGCUCCAGCCCGACAUGCCCAACAUCACCCCACGCAUUGGGCUCGGCCAACUCCAAGUCUGUUUAAGGUCAAUUUCGACACCUCGGUAUCUCAGAGGGACAUGGCGGAUUCGCUUUUAUUGCCCGGGAUAGCAAUGGUGAAGUACUUGUAG